AAAAUGGUUACAGAAUUUUAUGAAAAUAGUGAAAUUUUUGUAACUGGUGGAUCAGGAGUUGUUGGCAAAGCUUUAAUUGAAAAGCUUUUACGUUCCUGUAAUGUGCGUAAAAUAUAUGUUUUACUGCGUCCAAAGAAAAAUGUUUCCAUUGAUGAACGUCUGGAGAAGGUCAAAAAAGCAAUGGUCUUCCGACAACUAAAACUAAAAAAACCAGAUGAAUUAGACAAAAAACUUGUGGCCAUACCUGGUGAUGCUGUACUACCCUUUUUGGGCAUUACACCCGAAUAUCAAAAGGUAUUGAAAAAUGUGUCAAUAGUUUUUCAUUGUGCUGCCACUGUGCGUUUUGAUGAACCCCUAAGAGAUGCUCUUAAACUAAAUGUUGGUGGUACUUUGGAGACACUUAGAUUCGCAGAAAGCCUAAAACAUCUGAAAGUAUUUAUGCAUGUGUCGACAUUCUAUAGUAAUCCGUACUUGGAACGUGUGGAGGAAAAACUUUAUGAUUCACCAAUGGAUUGGAGAUUUUGUUUGAAUUUGCUAGAGAGAAACGAUAUUUCUGAGGAACAAUUAGAUGUGAUUACCAGAAAGCUAAUUGUGGGUUUCCCCAAUACGUAUUGCUUUACCAAAAACUUGGCGGAGUCUUUGGUCAAUGACUACAAAGAUAAGUUGCCGGUGGGAAUCUAUAGACCGUCUAUUGUUUUAUUUGCUAUUGAGGAACCAGAACCAGGAUUUUCUCCUUCUUUAAUGGGUGCUAUGGGUUUAUUUGCUGUAACGGCCGCCGGUAUUUUUAAGACCAUUUAUAUUGGCGAAGAUACUAAACUCGACUUGACGCCGCAGGACUUUGGCAUUAAGUCCUUGUGUUAUUACACCAUCAAAACGGCUCGUUUUUAUGAGAAGAAAAAUAAACCCGAUAAAAUACCAGUGUUUAUUACAUCUUCGUGUACCCAUAGUGAUCUUACAUUUCGUCAGUACAUUCAUCUGGUACAGGAUCAUGGCUUUUGGGCUGAAGCGGCUUUUGAGAAAAACUUUCUUAUACCGGGUUUACACUGCACAAGUAAUCGAUUUGUGUACCUAUUUUUGGUUCUAUUUAAACAUAUUCUGCCCUCACUCUUGGCCGAUUUUGCUUUAAUAUUGAGUGGACGUAAACCAGCGCUCAUGAGUGCACAUCGCAAAUUAUUUAAUACUUUGGAAGUCAUGAAACCAUUUCUUUUUAACACUUAUGAAAGUUCAGGCGUGACGGACGCAGAUGAAAUAUUAACCAAUUUAAAAGGAACGGAAUUUAAUUUGGAUAUUCUACCAGCUUGCAAGAAUUUUUAUAGAAAUGUCGGAUUUUGCCACCACAUGGUUUAUAGUGUAAGAGAACAUUUGUUCAAGGAGGAUCCAAAAACUCUGCCAAGAAGCAGGAAAAUAUUGCAAACCAAAAUUGUUAUAUACAAAGUGAUUAAAAUGCUGGUGGCCUUUUUAGUUUUCGGGAAACUUUUGAAUUAUUUGCGAUAUUUUUACUCUGAGAAACUGUUAGGAAGUGAAAAUUUAACAACAGUUCACUGUGAUAUUGAUUAAAAUUGUGCUCCACAAACUCAAAAUUCUGAACAUAUAUUUAAAGAACUAUAUAACAUUUGAGAAGAUUUGUUUAAUAAUAUAAAAUAUUAUAUAUUAUUCUAUACUUAGCUAGAUAUUUAAGAGGCAUACUAAUAAAUUUAUUAAAAUAUUAAUAUAAA